AUGUCGAAUACAUAUCAAGGCAACAAGAAUGGCAGCCUCGCCGCGCCUCGAGAUUCACUUGAACUCGCCUCCCUCGCAUCCUCAUCCCCCGGCUCCGUAGGCGGGUCCUCACGCUCCUCUUCCCCCGACGGCAUCUCCUCAUCCCGCAAGCUCUCUCUCGAGGACGAAGACCCUCUCGCAGAAUCACAUAUAGAUGCCGAGCUAGGAACAGGCCGCCACAGAGCUCAAAGCUCAUAUUCCAUAUCCUCGGCUUUCGAUUUCGGGGGCACUCUAUUCCCGCUGUCGCAAACACAAGGUGGCUACGCGCCCCUAGGUACUCCGUCCGCGGACAGACCAGCAUUCACAGAUGGAUCGCUGGAGCGGAAUAAGACAUUGACAUACCUGAAUGGACUGUCACUAAUUGUCGGGCUGAUUAUUGGAUCUGGUAUCUUCUCGUCGCCGAGUCAGGUCAAUGCCAACGCGGGGUCGCCGGGCGCCUCGCUCAUCGUUUGGGCCGUGGCUGGUCUAUUGGCUUGGACGGGGGCCGCGAGCUAUGCAGAGCUGGGAGGGGCAAUUCCAUUGAAUGGGGGCUCACAGAUAUAUCUGUCCAAGAUUUUUGGAGAGCUGACGGGCUUCCUUUUUGCAUGGUGCGCCGUGUUAGUACUGAAACCUGGCUCUGCAGCAAUUAUCUCUCUCAUUUUUGGCGAGUAUGUCGUUCGCGCAUUUGUGGGCGCCGAUGUGGGCGACGUCAAUCCUUGGAUCAAUAAGGGUGUUGCAUUUGGAGGACUUGUGGCAGUGACUCUGCUCAACUGCAUCUCCACCAAGUUCGCCACACGCAUUGGUGAUUUCUUCAUGUUCUUCAAGUUCGUUGCUCUGCUGGGUGUCACCGUCAUCGGUAUUAUAGUCGCCGUGACUGGCUUCUCGGCUGGAGGAAACGCAAACGAAGAAUGGAAGACAACAGGGUGGUUCGAGGGAACCAACACCGAGAUCUCUGAUUUUGCAGUGGCCCUGUAUGCAGGUCUCUGGGCAUUUGACGGCUGGGACAAUACCAACUACGUGACAGGCGAAUUCAAGAACCCAAACCGCGAUCUACCACGAGUUAUCCACACCGCGAUGCCACUGGUCAUCCUAUCCUACCUUCUCGCCAAUGUCUCAUAUUUCCUCGUUCUCCCUCACUCAACCAUUGAGGCAAGCAACACCGUCGCCGUACAAUUUGGCGGAAAAGUAUUCGGCGCCGCUGGAGCCCUGAUUCUAGCUCUCGUCGUCUCAGCCAGCUGCUUCGGAGCCCUCAACGCAACCACCUUCACAAGCGGCCGACUAGUCUAUGCAGCCGGAAAGGAAGGCUAUCUCCCCUCGAUAUUUGGCCGCAUCGGUCUCCACGCCUCCCCCUCGCAAGCCCCUCCAACAAGCAGCCGACUACGUCGCCGCUCCUGGGCCCGCAAGUCCCUCUCCCGUCUCUUCGGCGAUGACUCCAGACUCGGCUUCACGCCAAUCUAUGCUAUGGCCUUCAACAGCGCUUUGACUGCCAUCUACAUCGUCGUCGGCGAAUUUGGCACCCUUGUCACUUUCUACGGUGUAGCCGGAUACACCUUCUACUUCCUCACCGUUCUCGGCCUGAUCGUCCUCCGUAUCCGUGAACCCCAGCUGGAACGUCCCUACCGCACUUGGAUCAGCACACCCAUCAUCUUCUGCUGCGUGAGCCUAUUUCUCCUCAGCCGGGCUAUCAUCUCCGAGCCCCUGCAAACCCUCAUCGUCGUCGCGUUCAUCAUCACCGGCGUACCUGUCUACUACUGGCGUAUCUACCAGCGAGAUGGUCGGAUCGAUCUUCCCAGCUGGAAAUUCUGGAAGCGAGGUUCUCGAUAG